AUGGGUUGUGUUCGUACCAUGAAGCUUCGAAGACCUUACACCUCUGAACCGUACACGACUCCUCCAUCGCCACAACGGGCCUCCCGCCAACCAUCUCAAGCCACUUCCACCGAGCCUGAUACGUUCGGCAUUGAAUGGGAGGUUCUCGAUAGCGUCGCUCCAGCGUUCUCCAGUCCUGUGUGGAUUGUGACGGGAACCGUCGACGCUUACGUCUUCUGCGUGGAGCAAAGAGGCUUCCCUCUUCAGCGCGUGCAAGUUCUGGUGGACAGAAGCGAAUGCCAAGAGUUUGAGGGAAACAGCGGUAGUAAAGAAAAUCUCGAUUGCCGCACAGCAUCAGGCGACCCGAGCAGCGGCUCAUCGCAGCGGUCGUCAAACAAUCGCCUGAAUUUCAGCAACAUGGCUUCCAAUAACAAUGACGCCGCGUCGCCGAUGCUUACAAUCCUGUGUGACUUCCCUGCGACGUCGCAUGCUUCUUCUGAGGGGAACGCCUUUCAUCAAACGACCGGCAGGCGGUUCAAACUGCCGCCUGACGCAGUCGCAGAGGAUACGACGGCCAUGCAGACUGCGACAGGAUCGUUGGUGGUCGCCGUCCCUCGCUCUCCGUCAAUAAACAACGGCUCGUCAUCCAAUAUAGCUCCUUUUGAUUCUCCUUCUGGAAAUUCCUUUCGGCCUAGAUAUGGCCAGUGGACCGUACACGUGGCAUCAGCAGCGUCAUCAGCGCCAGCGUCUUCAGAAAUGCCGUACGAGCAACCUGCUGGCUCAUUUCAGCAUUUCAAUCUGGAGUUGCUUCAAGCACUGAGGGUCUGA